AAGCAAUCGCUUUGCUACGAGUAUCUCCAAGCGGCUUUACAGUACAAGAGUGUGCGUGCUUAACUGUAUUACCACACACCAAUAAGAUAAUAACCUGUGAAAUGACUGUGAGAAGAUGUGCGAACAUAUAUUCAUACUAUUUAUUUAUCAUAUGGAAAUAGUUUGUAAUGAAAUGAAACGAUGUUUUAAAAUAAAGAGUAUAUCAAAUGAACUAGAUAUUAAUUGUUUGUUUCAUUCCGACCGGGAUAAGGAUUAUUAAACAAAGAUGACUGACUUACGAUUGCUCAAUACUACGGUUACUAGUGACUGGAAACCGCACCAUGAAAAUGGAACAGUCGAUGGUGGACAAAUCGGAAAUGUUAAGUAUUCCAACUCCGACAUCAACAGAGAUUAUGAAACAGAUUCGAUGUACGACGAUUAUAACUAUUUCCGAGCAGAAAUUCACGAGGAAUUUCUAAAUAGUAUCCAUCAGCAUACGUCUGCAUUUGCCGUGUUUCUGUCAGUAUGGUCUUUCAUCAUAAAUGUACUUGUAAUAAUAGCAUGUUUUCGGAACAAAGAACCUCGAAUGUGUGGCUAUUAUUGUCAUAUAGUAAACUUAUCGGUUUCAAAUUUAUUCAUAAGUGUAUUUGUACUUCCGCUUACAAUUUAUCAUAUUCAGAAAGAAUGGGAUUUAGGGCAAACUUUGUGUAAAAUAUAUGUGAUAAGUGAUGUUUUGCUACCAUUUACUUCAUUCACAAUUAUCAUCAUUAUAAAUGUAGAAAGGAUUAUGUCAAUGAUUCACCCGAAUCUUCAUUCCUGGAUAUUUCAGAAGACGUUCAAAACAAUAACUGUUUGUAUGGCAUGGGUUAUAGCCCUUGUUGUUGUCGUUCCGAUAUGGACAUCUGGAACAAUUCCGUAUGAAAAUAGACCCGGAGAAUGUUUUGUCAUCAUCAGCAAGGAAUCGGCAAUAUUAUGUCCAUUAGUAACAUAUUUCAUUCCAUUAUUUUGUAUCAUAGCACUAACAUUCAGAUUACUAUUGUUGAAGAUCCAGUUAUCCACCCCUACUCCUGGAACUAUAGAAAGCACGCGCAUGUCGUUGAAAAACUAUCACAGCCAGCAAAAUGAUAUUGACUUUGAAAGUGAAUGCUCCCCAAUGUCAAGGCCGUUGCCAAGCACGAGUUCAAUGCCUAUUAAAGAGAAAAAAGAUGACAUUGUGUCUCUGUGCAUAGUUAAUACAGUCUUUGCGGCCAUGUGGUUUCCUUUUCAGUGUAUUAGUUUUCUGUUAUCAUUUUGUCAAAGCGCAUCAUGUAUUCCUUCUACCGGAUUAAAUCAGGUUAUAACAUGGAUUGGAGCGUCAACUGUUGGAGUUGUCCCACUUUUUUGGUUCAUCGACAGCCAGCUCAGAUCGGGCCUUCGGAUUAAAUUCACCCGACGUUCAGAUGUAGAAUCUGCAGAUAGUACACACAGUGAAGAAACAUUCCUUUGAAUAGAUAGCAACAACAAAGUCACAUUCAACGUUUAAUUGACGAUGAUAUGAAGAUCAUUCUGACAAAAGAAUGAUGAAGUUCUCCGUGAAAUCAAUGGUGU